AUGGAUUUAUCUGCCCAAUUUCAGUCACAAGAUGAAGCGCUUGGCAAUAGCGUCUUGACAAGGGCAGGUCUACAGCCCGCUGGGCAUGUGGCAUCAUGUGUGGCCGACCAGGAGAUACAAGACAAUACCAGCAUCAUAGUGACCUAUCUCCUGGAGCAAGUCGAAGAGUAUCGCACACUGGCCAACCUACGGCGACAGGGAUGGGAGAACCCAGCAGGCGACAAAUUCUUCCGAAAGCAACGACGGAAUGCCGAUAAAGCCGACGCGCAUACGUCUCGUCAUCAUUUCAAACUGAUGCAGAGAAUCGGCAAUGGAGUUCACAAGGUCACGUCUGGGUUUGCGAUCAGCCGAUUCGCGGGCACUGUCCUUGAUAUGUGCGCAGCCCCGGGCGGCUUCCUUGCGACAGCCUUGAAGCUGAAUCCCGAUGCCACAGCUACUGGGUUCAGCCUACCUCCAUCCGAAGGAGGAUAUAGCAUUCUUCUGAAUGAAGAUGACAGAUACUGCGUCAAAUUCCUGGAUGUAACAAUGCUAGCCGAAGACCUGGGUGUUACGAGCAUCCCAAGCGAGCAUCCAGACGUGAGAAGCUUCCUUCCACGACAAAUUGAGGAGACGCGACUCUUCGACCUAGUACUGUGCGACGGACAGGUCCUCCGAACACAAAACCGAGCUCCUUAUCGCGAAACACGAGAGCCCGCGAGGCUGAAAAACGCACAGCUCGCUCUCGGUCUCGAACAUACCAGACCAGGCGGAACAAUGAUAGUGCUCUUCCACAACGUUGAAGCCUGGGACACGGUGUGUUUUCUGCAUACUUUCAACAAGUUCUCUUUCAUCCAGCUGCAUAAACCGUGCGAGGGCCACACAACAAGAUCCUCUUUUUACAUGGUUGCCACGAAAGUGCAGAGUCAGAAUCACGAGGCUGUACUUGCGAUUAAGAAGUGGAAAGACUUGUGGAAGACGGCGACCUUCGGUACAGACGGGGAAUUUGCCGAGUCUCUACGCAAGGGGGAGCCUACUGCCAAAGAAAUUUUGGGGGAGUUUGGUCUGGAGCUCGUGAGAAUGGGUAGAGGGGUAUGGAGUACUCAAGCAGAUGCUCUAGCCCGAGCUCCUUACAUCUUCAGCCAGCCAGCAUGCACACCGGAAUCCUAG